UGACGAGUUGAGAGGUCAAGGGAAAAAAAGACAAGAAAACCAAAAUACAACCGUUAGAGUCACUGAGUUACUAUCACUAAAUAUGGUUACGAUAAAUAUAAUGUGAAAAACACUGUUACGUACUGCCAUUUGUGUAGUUUUACCGUUAUCAGAGCGAUAACUGUUUUAAAAAACUACUGUUGUGGGGUAAGGACUCGCAGGAAGGUAAAAUCUGCUCAAGAUUGGCUGGAAGACUGAAAGACUUGUUACGCCCGCUUGGCAUGUUGCUACCCAAGUGAAUCGGAGGGCCUUAGCUGAAGUUAGCUAUCAGACAGAUUAUCAGAAUUAAGCUAAUGAAACCCAGAUAGCGGUUUGGGAUACCUGGAAACGCACAAACUUGCUCUGGCAUCGCUGGAUUUUACCCCAGUCUUUCUCUUCCGAGAACGCCAUUGAUUCCACCAAGCUGCGCUCACGCUGCCGCGCCACAGCUCUGGAUUUGACUCAGCGCCCGCCACUGGGAAAAAAGGACAUCCCAUUAAGCCGAGAAUACACAGCCCUAUCGUCAACAGACAUAAGGAUACCUGACCGUGACCAUCGAGCCCAUUCCCCCUGUUGUUGUGGGAGAGACCGUGACGCUAAAGUGCAACUUCAAAACCGACGGCAGGCUGCGAGAGAUCGUCUGGUUCCGGGUGAUGGACGGGGGCACGCUUAAGCAGAAGAUUUUUACAUAUGAUGCCAUGUUCAACACCAAUUACUCCCACAUGGAGGACUACCGGAGACGCGAAGACCUGGUGUACCAGUCAACCGUCAGGCUGCCGGAGGUACGGAUCUCUGACAACGGGCCGUACGAGUGCCACGUGGGCAUCUACGACCGAGCGACCAGGGAGAAGGUGGUCCUGGCUUCGGGGAACGUCUUCCUGAAUGUGAUGGCACCUCCUAAGGCCAUCUCUGUGGUUGCAGCAGACACCCCUGCCCCGUUCAGUCGGUACCAGGCACAGAACUUCACCCUGAUGUGCAUCGUAUCUGGUGGAAAACCCGAACCAACGGUGUACUUUAAGCGGGACGGGGAGCUCAUAGACGUUAUUCCGUACGCCCAGCCCCCAGCUGCAGGGGAGAGCGGGGGCUCGGCGGGGGUCAGGGGCGCCAGGCCGCUAAUCAGCCGCGACCUGGACGACACCAAGAUGCAGCGGUCCCUGUCCCUCCUCGACCUGGACGGGAAGGCCGCCCGCUCGUACACGGAGGGCCCCGCCCGCGGCUUCACCCCGGGCGCGCCGGGCUCGGAGCCCAGCCCCGCCACCGAGACCAUCCCGGAGACGGUGGUGAGCCGGGAGUUCCCGCGCUGGGUCCAGAGCUCCGACCCGCUCUACUACUUCAGCACGGCCCACCUGCCCCAGAGCGACGGCACGGUGGAGGUGCGCGCCAUGCUCACCUGGACGCUCAACCCCCAGCUGGACAACGACGCCCUGUUCAGCUGCGAGGUCAAGCACCCCGCGCUCUCCAUGCCCAUGCAGGCGGAGGUCACGCUAGCGGCUCCCAAAGGCCCCAAACUCCAGAUGACCCCCAGCAGGGCGAAGGUUGGGGACACGGUGCGAAUCGCCGUUGAAGGAUUCCAGGUAGGAUCCACUGGGAACGAGGUGUUUCCCGAGCCCCUCUUCACUUGGACGCGCGUGGGGGGGCGUCUCCUGGACGGGAGUUUGGAACGGGACGGGUAUGAGCUGGUUCUGGAGCGGGUGCCAGCCGAACUUAACGGAUCCAUGUACCGCUGCACGGCUCAGAACCCCCUCGGCUCCACAGACACCCACACACGCCUAAUUGUGUUUGAAAAUCCCAGUAUGAUGAAGCACACUCAAAAUCAGAACAACGCUGCCUCCCACAAGGACGUUCUGGGACUGAUCGUGACCGUGCUGAUUCUCACAGUGACUGUGGAGCUAACGUGAGCCUCUGAAGCUCGCGCUCUGCCUGCCCUCCUCCGGUCCGUCUGUCCACCCGUCUGUCCACCAGGAAGCAGUACCUUCACCAGGGAGCAUUCCCUAUUUGUUUUCUGGACAAAAUGAAAAACAAGACAGAAGAUAAAAUGACAUACAAGAAGGCAACAACAAAAAACACCUGCCCUCCCCUGUUUGUCUACUUGUCACACGUCUGCCUGUCUAUCAAUAAAAUCCGAUGUUUGAGAAAGGAAAAGUAAAAACUCUGGGCUUGGUUUAAUUCCUUCAGACAUAACCAUGUUUGUUUUUGUACAGUCAUCUUUGGAAUGGUGUGGGCAGGCCCACCAUUUUAUCUCCCAAAAUCCCACGGAGUCUCAUAUUGGCCCACUUAUAUUUCUAUGCACCUCCCAGUUGGCAACAAGGCAGCCCUUCUAGAACAUUUGUCCGGUCAUAUCUUCUUUCUUCUUGUUUUAGUAUUUCUUCCUUUUCCCCCUUUUUUUAAAAGUGACUAUGUUGGAGGAAACAAGAGGACUCUUUUCAGUGCUGUGAAACUGGUGUCACUUUCCCAGUUAGAAGAACAGAGGACCCCCACCACCCCAACCGCCUUUUUAAAUGUAUUUUUGUGUACAUCCCUGUAAAUAUAUAAAUUGAUAUAAAGGUUCAGCUUAGAGUGUUGGGCAGAGUGACAGUUUUGCCUCACAAAUUUUCACAAUUUCUGCUUGAACUGUAUCGGCUCUUUCCUAUGACUUCAAGAAACUCAACUUAGAUCAAGAAUAAACACUGAGUGCUGGUUUCCUAGACAUGGAGUAAGCCUAGUCCUAGACAAAAAGAAACAAAUCAAUGAAGAUCUCCAUUGAAAAAAGGUUUUAGUUUAGGACUAGGCUUAAUGUCUGGGAAAGCAGCCCUAAAAUACUAGCUUUUCAUUACUAUAAUUUAAUUGUAUUCAAUAAAUUAUAUCUGCUGUAUGGCAGGUUUUAAUCAAAAGCUGUUGUCUGCAUUUCAGGGUCAUGGUGCAUGAGACGUCUGACAAUUAUUUCUCAUUUCUCAUAAUCCAUGUGGGUGGGCCACAUUCAGCUGACCUGUAGUCCCAUGUUUCAUCUGUUACAUAUUAUAGUAAGUGACCUGCGUUGUGUACAAGUUCCUUUUCCUGGCAAAAUGUAUCGCAAGUUCCAUGUUUAGACGCCAUUUUGAUUUCAGCUGAGUGUAAACAGGGUGUUAUUUUUUUUACCAGCAGUAUUAAAAUGGGGAUUAUGAAUUUAA